GUUUUUGUACAUAUCGACAUGGACUGCUUCUUCGCCAGUGUUGCAACCCGUGGCCGGACGCAGACCUUUGCAGGUUUGCCCGUGGCCGUGGCGUGGGGCACUGGAAGCAGCAGCGAGAUUUCCUCAGCCAACUACUGCGCUCGGGCUUACGGUAUUCGUGCUGGGAUGUGGGCCGGAGAGGCCUUCCAAUUGUGCCCAGACUUGGUGGUGAUGCCCUACGAGUUCGACUCCAUCAUGGAGACUGCUGAGCUCUUCUACAGGAGUGUGCUUGACACCACUCCCUACGUGCAAGGCAUCUCGUGUGACGAGGUCUUCGCAGACGUCUCGCACCUGGUGCAGGAUGACGUACGUUCAUGGCAGGCUCUCGCGCGGAAGAUCCGCGCUGACAUCUGGAGUCGAAGUGGAUGCGUUGCCUCGAUUGGCGUGGCCAAAAAUUGGCUGCUUGCCAGGCUGGCGACAAAGUUUGCAAAGCCCCGACCGGGAUGCAGGAAGUGCGGAAAAGCCGCGCUGGACCGCGCUGGCGAUGAAAGCGGGCUCCGCUUUUGCGAUGAGCACGCAGGUAUUUUCCUUCUGGAGGAGAGCUCCGAGUGCCUGGCGGUGCUUCCGGCGAGGGAGCUGCCGGGCGUGGGCCCCGAGAGUGAGAAGCAGCUCCAGAAAUCUGGAGUACAGACAGUGGGCGACCUGCGAAACGUUCCCUUGGCAAAGCUCCGGGAGCUCUUCGGCGAGAAGCAGGCGCAAUCCCUUUUUCGACUUUGUCGAGGCAUCGACGACCGGCCCUGGGAUCCGCGGCCACCUCGGAAGUCCGUGGGCGCACAGAUCGCUUGGGGCGUCCGCUUCGAAGAUUCCGAAGCUCUCCGCCGCUUUGUCGCGGAGCUGACGACGGAGGCGCUGCGACGCCUGGCACGCCAUGGGCGAAGGGGCAGCUCGCUCACGGUGAAGGUCUGGAAAGCCCGGCCAGAUGCCCCUCACUGCGGAGGCGUCGGCAGUGGGGGCUGUGACGUCCUCUCGCGCUCUGCGCAGUUCGCCACGAACCCCGGUCUUGCUCCGGCUGCAGUGGAGGCCGCAUGUGCAGAAGCCUGGAGGCUCUGCGAGAGCACCGGCGCAACUCCGGCGCAAGUCCGUGGGUUUGGAAUCCACAUCGGUGGUUUAGAGAAGGCGCAGCCGAGCAUCCCUUCCCUGAUCGAGAGCCAGAAGCCACAAAGCCUGGAGAAAGUGAUCCUGCAUCUGGAUGUGGACUGCUUCUUCUUGGCCGUCCACGAGAAGUACGACCCUUCCUUGAAGGAAGCAGGACCACUCGUUCUGUGGCAGUACAACGACGUCAUUUGCAUUAGCCCCGAAGCAAAAGCCGCCGGGGUGAAGAAGCACAUGCGGCCCAGUGAGGCGCAGCCCCUCGUC